AUGGGCCUAUUCGGCCACAUGCGCAUCCACGAGAGCGGCACUGACCGCACUCCCAACACACCCACCACAUCCACCGUGCACACCCCCACACCCGCUCCAUCCGUCCGCGCCGCCACCACCACCACCACUACCACCACCACCGGCUCCUCUGUAACUGACACUGACACCGCCGACUUCUCAUGCCCACACUGUCCACGCACAUUCACCUCACGCAUCGGCCUGGUCGGCCACUUACGAAUCCAUCGCACAGAGACUGGCGAACCAGUGCCUGGAGCACCAACCUUUACCCACCACGCUCGACUCAACUGCCCACACCCCCUCGCACCUUCAGGCAUCGCAUGGGCCUAUUCGGCCACAUGCGCAUCCACGACGACCUGCGGUAGACAACCGCCGGCCACACCACACAUUCACUCACUCCCUACCUCCUCCACCACCACCCCAUUAGACAUCAACACUCACACACCUCAUGCACCCAACUGCCACCUCCCACGCCAGUGGGAAGUGUGCAACUCGACUCGGUCCGCAUGCGGCCUCGGCUGCACGGGUGACUUGAGCCCGAGACUAUCCCGACACGUCAAGCGUCGUGGAUUGGAAGGUUGCUAGUUGACGCCUGCUCUCGGUUCACGCAGUUCGUCGCGUUGUGUGUGUGUUGCGUGGAGUGGCGGACUGGUGGGCUCGGGACGGGCUGAAACAGCACCUUCCACGGCCCUCUCACGUAAGUGAGAGACAAGCUGCUCAACCCCAGUUGUCUGAAAUCUUGGUGUUGUGUGUAUUGGGAGCCAGGUCGUGCUGUAGCGCGCACAGUCAUGGUCAGUCGAUCAUACCAGCCACCACGCCCAUUUCCCACUCCAGUCUGCUGACCGACUCGGACGGCGGCUGGGGUGUGGGAGUGGGAAGGGAGAGUGAGGUCGACGACUCAGCGCACUUUCUCCUCACUAUAAACAAUCUGACGCGCUUGAAGCUAUCACGGUGCGCUAAAAGCCGUGGCUUGGAAAGUUGCCAACUGAAGGGGUAUCUUGGACCUUCUCCUUGACGGAAGGCGGUCUGAGAGUCAGGCUGCAAUGGCUCCUUUUUAAUGUGGCCUUUAUGGCACUCCCACCACAGUAUGGGAUCCGAGCCAGGCAUUGGCGGCACGCCUAGGUGCGGCUUCGGUCGUGCCAGCCUCCAAUCUCUGUUGUGCUGGUUGAAAUCCUGGUUAUUUGCUGUGUGGACCAGGGGGUUAGGUGGAACUCCAAGGUGAGGAUCCGUCCGAGCCAUCCACCUGCGGCCUCCCUCGUCUCCGGUCUUCUUGACUCUGUCUUGACACCGGGCUCAGGCGGGGAAGGAGGAGAGAGUUUAGGUAGAUGCAGCGCAAGUCUACUGGCACUAUAAACUCCUGCGCAAGUCACCGUCCCUGCUCCCAUAAUGAUGUGGGGCAUACGGUAGACAUCAUCGAAAUCAAUGGUCGAACUGUCACUGCUGUUCGAAGAUGCUAAAAUAAACACAACAGGUUUCGGCUUGCGUUUAUGUUUGCUUUGAGUCCAUCUCUUGUCUGGUGUUAUUGUUUCGUUGAUAGGCUUAUUUGCCUCAGUUCUUUCUAGUCACUUGUCACGGAGAGUUUUUAUUUCUCGGUCGUAUCUUGCAGGACGUGAAUUUACCCGAGCAACAAGCUCCGCUUUCUGAUUUCAGACUGGAACUUUUUGAACUUUACCCAGAGCAUUCACGCUGCAACAAAUGCUAAUGGAAAGGACUUUAUUUUAGUGAGUAUGCAUAAUCCUUCACUUAGCCGUCUUUUCCAUAUUUUUCACCUAUCAUUGUUUCGUUAGAGACGCAGUGUUCCCCAUAUAGAGCAACAGAUUAAGAAGGAUUUGCAUGACUAGUAGCUGGAGACUCUUUACAUCAAUCUUACACGAAUCUCCUUUUGAACCCGAUUCAAAUAUUCUAAGUAUUCUUAAGGGAACCGACAAUGAGCUUAUAGACGUAUGUUUAAGCUGCUUUCCUACUUUUUAAAGUCUGUUUAAGAACAUUUGGGACAGUAUAGGAAGCGGCACUUAACUCAAGCAUUUUCAGUGUAAUAACAGCAAGAAGGCCUUUUUUACGAAUUGCAAAAAAUCGUGGAAAAAUGUUGGCUGAUUAACUGAAAAAUAUUAUGUCAGUGGAGGUUGCUUAUAAAGUUAUUUGCUAGUCCUCUGUUAACAUUAACAUGGCUGCAAACUUUGCGCUUUACUGCUGGCUUUAUAGAGGUGGAAAUUGGAAGACAACAAUGAAUAAGUGCAUGAUAACUGGUGAAAAGGUCAGGAUGGAAAUCCAUCGAUAAAGUGUGGCUGCCAUUAGCAAAAAUUAAAUUUUAUAUACUAGUGUUCCUGGCAGAUGAGUUGAUUAACUGAGACCAGUUUGAAAAGUGAGUCUUAUACAGAAAAUUCUGGAGUAUUCGAGAAGAAGUAUGUGUAUGCCAGUCAAUUUCUGGCAAAUGAAAAUCACCUGACAUCAUAAGUAGUCUCCGCGAACUUUCAAAGAGCUCACGGAGGUGGCUUUCAUUGUCGGAGUAACAAGGAGGGUUUUAUACAUAUCCAAGUAGAACUUUCCUAUUUUGCGGAAAGAUUACCGAAACCGAACGGGGAUUUCUUCACACUGUGCCUGACGAACCAAUGUCUGGAGCUCCGACAUACACCCACCGCACUCGCCUCAACUGCCGAAAUUGCCCAAGUACAUUCAGUUUCCUUAUGUGCCUACGUGGUCUCAUGCGCAUACAUGGCGGCGGGAGUUUUAACAAUGUGGGCAUGCGAACCUCACUUUGCACAUCCGACAACUCCCUCUCCGCAUCUCUGCUUAACCACUUCCACCAAGACUGCCAACACUAACGGCUUCAUCACCGAAACCAACAAAACAACUACCAGCCUAUCCUGCCUAUACUGUCGCCGCACAUGCCCAUCAUGCAGGUCGGUCGCUUCCGAAAGAAUUGCGCAGAGACUGGUAAACCAGUGCCAGGAGCACCAGAAUAUAUUCGACGACAUCGCAUCAAUUGCCCGUAGUUUCCACGCACAUUCAGUCGUCACAUGGGCCUAAUCGACCACAUACGCUCCUAUGAUAGUCCGUGGUAAACCUUCGCAGAACAAACCACAUCAUCACACGUCUCCCCAUCAGCACAUACACACAUAGGCCGACCCAAAUCACCUUCUACAGGUAAUGAAUCAGCAUCUCUCACGUAAGGAGGAAGAGUGUCUCCUGGUUCCUCCAGAUAGUCUUUAUGAUACUCAAAUGCAUGCGAGAUCCAAACAGCCCUCUCCGUCUGUAUGACAAUCUGACAUGUUGUGAGAAGGCCAGGUCGAGCGUGGCACGCAGAGUGUGGCUUAGCUUUGUCAAUAUUGCAUUCGACCUUAGCACCAUAUGGUUGAUCAUCUCGGGCGGUUAGCCGGCGUCUAAGAGAGAUAACGGAUAAUGAGACCAAGUCUGGGAACUGCGUCUCCACAAUACUGAACUCAUAUCCUUCACUAUAAACAAUCUGACGUUUUUUAAACUGCCACAAUGAGCUAAAAGUCCUGGCUUGGAAAGCUGUUAACUGAUGACUACAAGAAUGCAAUGGCACAUUCUUGAUAUGGCCUCCAGGAACUUUCACUGUGUCGAGGUUCGAGACGCCCAUUUCUUGUUCGUAUGAAGGCUUGGUCCAUUGUACGAGAACCGAGCGCGCGCACCGGUCUAGCUUUGUCAGCCGCUGCGUCCAAUCCCGCUUCUAGCUCUCUCGAUACUGACUUUACCUAGGCUUACGCCGGUGGGGGAGGAGAUAACGUAAUAGAUGAAACGCGAGUUUAAUAUCGUUACAAGCUAGUUACCACGCAAGUUGCCUACCACGCGCCCAAAAGUUAUGGGACACACGGGGAACGUCGUCGAUUACGACUGCCGAAAGAAGUGCACGAAGUACUAAAAGGAUUCAGAAGCUGAUCCCUGCCUUAGGCCUGCAAAUGGAAAGGUAAAGUCUGGUGACCAGGUUAAAGCGCCCCUCCCUUCUUAAGUCUUUCAGUCGGUCUUCACCGUCCCGUCCAUCCAUCUGCUAACCAACCGUCUCCUCUUACUCUUCUCAUCCCUCUUACAACCUCCUUAAGCGAGGACCUCCUCUUUUCAUCGAUCAUAUUUAGUAACGAACUACUCCGGCUUAAACCUGCUAAGUCGCCUGCCCAGAUAAAGAUAGAUAGACAGAUAAUUUUUAUUGAAGACCCGUCGGGGUCCCAUCAAAGCAAGUUAAAAUAAAUUUACAUGCGAGUUUUAGACGAGGUAGGCAGAAUCUUUACAAAAUACAAUUCAUAGUUUCUGAAUUAGUAGUCCAUUGAGAAACAUGAUUAGUGGGGGGGAGAAAAAAACUCCAUACAAAAAGUUAAAAAUGAUUGGAUUAAUUUUACAGGAGAAAAAAAACCCUCAGUAAAAAUAAUGACAGAAAAAAGCGAGCAGGACUGACCUGUAGGUGGAGGUAUAAAACGGAUUGUUGUCGGUCAUCGUCAGGGUGGCAAUAAAUGUCAGCCCUGAGGUGUACGUAUGCGGGUCGGACAGAACUGGCCUGCAUGUGGUAUUGUAUACGGGAUUCACAAUUGAGAUCGUCUGGGCCGGAUUGAUACGCCGCAUGGCCAGACGAGAGGAACCCAGUUGCGAUCGACCACAGCACGCUUCGAGCUCAGCCGAGCAGUGGGGAAGGGAUGUACGACCAAACUACUAGUAGACGGCGAAUACUGAGGGUUCCGCCCUGAGCGUCGACAGACCGCAUGAGGUCGGAAUACGGGAGCUGACAUCAAAAACCGAGAAAAUUGUCGCUAGGGGGGAGGAGUGAUAGCAGUGGAUUUAGAAACCAAUUCAAAACAGGGGUUUCUAAUGAUAUAAUUAAGACUUACCACUUGAUCUACCACUAAAUCCCAGGAGGACCCUUCUCGAAGUCAAGAAUCUGGGUGUUCGGGAAUGAGACCGUUAACAGUGCCUUUAUGCUUUCCAAUGUAAGAUGUUUGCGUAAUUUCGACUUGAAUACAAGUAACUUAGGCGAUAAUCUAAUGUCAGGCGGAAGAUUAUUCCAAAGGAAGGCAUAUUUGGAAGCAAAGAAAGAGGGCGCGCUUAGAUGUAGUACAAAGAGGCGGCGGAGUCAUCAUGCAGGAGUUACGCGUGGCACAAGACCGAUCUCUCGGAGCGAGAGUGUCAAUGAGCGGAAGACUGGAGCUAGAGUUGAUGCGAAAAAGGAAGCAAAGGCCAGCUUCGAGUCUUCUAACCCACAAAAACUUCAUGUUCGCCAGCUGACAUCUCUGAGUAUAAGAAAUACUGGACGAAGCUUCAGAGAACAGUUUCCGGGUGAAAACCCUCUGAACAUUUUCGAUUUUAUUACGGUCACAGGCGUUCAUUAAACCGAAAAAAGGACAGCAGAAUUCGAGGACUGGAAGAACACACAUUUGAUAAAGUCUUAGUUUCAUUUCCGGAAGGAGAAAAUUGUGCGAUAUGAAUCCACAUAUCUGCGCGGCUUUGGUAGAGAUUCUAUCUGCAUGAGGUAAUAAAGCAAGCUUAUUUGUAUAACUUAGACCUAGGUUCUUUAUGGUGAGCCAUUCUGAGAGUGGAUUAUUCUGAAAAAUUUUGGGACCAGAAAGUUUGGUAGGACCAAAAGACAUGAAACUACAUUUGGAUGAUGAAAACUCCAUCUGCCAUGUCGAACCCCAUCUGCUUAAGCGUAGUAGAUCGGCAGUAAUUUUUUCAACACAAACGUUUGCGGAGUCCUUAGAGUAUGAGUAAACACACUUGAGGUCAUUGGCAUAAGUAAAAGUUUGCGAAUUUCCGAGUUCAGUCGAAAUAUCAUUGAUGUACAGAAGGAAGAGUCGCGGACCCAGAACCGUGCCUUGAAGUACGCCACUCGUGAUCGAGUGAGGUGUCGAGUAGCCAUUACCGACCAUGACUUUCUGAUAUCGGUUGGACAGAUAGGACCUGAUGAAGUCGAGUAGAGGCGGCCGAUGCCGAGAGCUUCCAAUUUUACUAAAAGACGUCUAUGGGGCACCUUGUCAAAGGCUUUGCUAAGAUCAAAGUAAAUAACUACCACCGACUGCCGCUCAUUACGAAGAGAAGUGAUUACAUUAAGAAAUGCCAAGUGGCAAAUUCGCAGGAUCGUUCAGGUAAAAAUCCAUGCUGACUAGAGCUCAGAAGCCGAUUAGCUAGACAGAAGUCAAGAAUUUCAUUGAAAAUAAUCGUUUCAAGAAGCUUUGAUAGAGACGGCGUUUUGUGCACGCCCCGAUAGUUAUUAACAUUGAUCAAAGAUAAGAUGAUGUGUCACUUAACAGCGAAUAACUUACUAAGUGUUGCUCAGCAUGGAUUCCUCAAAGCUCGAUCUUGUGACACCUGUCAACUCUCUUUCUUUGACUAUGUUCUCCAAUCUAGGGACCAUGGUUUUGCACUUUACACAGUAUAUUUCGAUUUCACUAAGGCUUUUGACCGUGUUGACCAUGCUCUUCUUCUCUUGAAAUUGUCCUCUUUCGGAAUAGGUGGCAAACUUUUGAAUUUUAUAUCCUCUUAUUUGGGCACUCGCACUCAACGAGUUAAGAUUUCCAAUACCAUCUCCAACCCCACACGUGUGAGGAGUGGAGUCAUUCAGGGUAGUGUACUCGGCCCGCUUUUAUUUUGCCUUUUCGUUAACGAUAUACCCGAUUUAUUUCAGAAUGGUAGGCCUUUCAUGUAUGCCGAUGAUCUUAAAGUUGCAUAUCGAUAUAAGCCGGCAGAUCAUGACAUCGUGCUUGAGCUCCUAAAGAGCGAUCUACAGGCUUUCGCUUAGUGGUGCCGCACAUGGCGCCUUUCUCUUUCUUGGCAUAAGUGCUCAGUCAUGGCGGUUGGCGACGACCGCCAACCUCAACGAAGUAUUGAAGGUCACUCCAUAAAUGUGCCCAGGGUUAUAAAGGAUCUGGGCGUAUCAUACUCCAAGAGUCUCAACCUCUCGGAGCACUGUGCCUUGAUAGUCUCCAAAGCACGUAGAACGACCGGGUUUAUCCUGCGAAAUUAUAAAACAAGUGACAUUAGAAUGCGCCUUUUCAACAUGCACGUUAGCCGUGGUCUGGAAUACUGUUCGUUUUCAUUUAGCCUCAUGCGUGCUACUGAGCGGAAGAAAAUAGAAUCCGUUCAACACUAUUUUACCAAGAGAAUUUGAACCCCGUAAAACCGACAUUUGUCUUACCAAGAACGUUGCCGGCUUACAGGCCUCGAUCCUUUAUGGUUCUGUAGAUUACAAAGGGACUAUUUUUGCUAUUUAAACUCUUAUAUAAUCACACAUUUAACCCACUCACCUCUUUAAGACAUCAUAUCCACCCACGACGUAACAGUCACCGUGAGGUCUUUUUAUUUCUGCCUCUGGCACGUACUGUUAAAUAUCGUCGGUUCUAUUCUGUAAAUGCAAUUGCUAUUUGGAAUAAACUACCCAUGAGUGUGAAAACUCUGCAAAAUUAUCCUUUAUUUAAGAGAACUAUUACUCGAUUUUUGCAUUCAGAAAAGCUCAUACAAAUUUUGAGUGCUGAAAACUCUGAUCGACUGUACCGUAGCGAUGACGUUUGUGGUCUCUGAACACUAUGGCCGGUCUCACCAGCUGCUCCUCAACGCCUCUACUUUUGCUAUCCCCAACUUCAUGAAAGGAAUUUUACGUCCGAUAAUCUCCGAUACCGUGCAACCUCCCCCCUUCUUGACGGUCGAAAAUCUACCACCGCCGGCAGUUUUUUCUCCUGAGCCCUCCAAACCAUAAAAACCACCAUCAACUAUAUUUUUAUCCCUUUAGCUCAGGAGUUUUUUUCACUGCUGGUCGGAUUUAUGUUUAAUCGCUUCCCUUGACAAUGCCUGUAAACUGGCAUUAAAUAAAAAAAUUAUUUAUUUUACUUUAACAUCGGACUGAGAUCCUGACUUGAAGACGGGAAUGAUAAUUGACGUUUUCCAUGUUUCAGGAAAGACUCCUUUUGAAAUAUAAACAGAGAAUAAAUGACUAAGCAAUAUGGGAAGGUCGGACGCUUGUUUAAUAAUCGAAUUCGGAAUCCCGUCCGUUUCUGAGCAGUGUGAGUAUUUCAAACGGCUUAUAUGUUUCUUAAUGAGAUCUGAGGAGACAUCAAUUGUACUAAGUGUCCUAUCUGAAAGUGAUCGAAAGAAAGAGACCGGAUCGGACUCAUUAUUAAGGUGUUUGGCAAAGAAAGCACUAAGCAACUCCUCCUUGUCAGUGUCAUCGGUGAGGAAGACUUUGUUAUCAUUUAGCAGGGUUGGAAGUUCGUGACCACUCUUAGGGGAGGACCGAUGACGGAAGAUGAUAGCGACGGAUUUUCCAAGGUUCGCGUCACUGAGGACAAGUGAUUCUCUUUGCCUGUCGCGCACUUGGCGCAUUCUUGAGGCCAUCUCAAAAAUCUCUGUGAUUCUAAGAUGAACUGAUAAGGAAGUAGUGGAUGGGUCACGCAGCUGUCGCCUCAACUUUUUAGUCUGUUCUGAAGAAAAUGAGGAACAAGGGAAUCUGAAGAAUUAGGCUUGAGAUAUCCACGCGGCACAAACACUAGAAUCUCCUUGGAAACAUUGGACAUGACAUCACGAAGAAUGAUUGCAUCGCGACAAGAGAGGAAGCCGCACCAAUCCAAAGAUCUAAUAUAGUAAUUUAUUAAGUCGUUAGCUACGCAGUCGUAGUUCAUGUAAGUCCGAAGGACCCUGGUCUUUUUUGAAAAGGCAAGCGGUAAGCAACAAUGAAUUAAUACGUGGUCACUGUCAAAGAGGUCCUUUAAAAAAAACAUUUUCUAUGACACUGAGAAAGGACCACCGGGAAUUUAGUAUGCCGCCAUUAAAUUUCCGUAUCUGUUCACAUUUCGUUCCUUUGUGAGUAGUCUCGCUUCCUAAGAUCCCUCAACAGAAAUGUUAAUUUUUCCAAUUUUUCAGUUCAUGCAUCGUGCCCUCACAGAAUGCGCUCAGUCGACGCUCUUGGCAAAACCUUCUGUUUGAAGAAGAAGAAAGUUGGCUCACCGGAAUAGGUUUAUUAGGAUGCUGAGGUUUCGAAGAGCUUCGUCGGCUCUCCAUUGUCAAAGCGUAAAGUGCACUUAAUCCACCAGGAGUCAUAAGUGGUGUGUCACGUUAGUCGGCCUCGUGCUGAUCGAUUUUUUUUUCUCUCCUCUUGCUGCCGCGGCCUAUCGGGGGAUGGUUGAGCACACCAGAAGAUAAAAGAGCCGAAAGAAUGUAAAUUCAGAACCUAUUUGCAGCCCAUGGAUACCCCAGACAUUUUAUCGAGAGAGGCAGACGUCGGGCGCACAGACAACGGUCAAAUGAGCAGGAACCUGAAGUCUGGAGGGCCAUUCCCUACGUUAAAGGGGUCUCUGAGGCGGUCUGUCGAUUGCUACAACCUGCCAGAGUAGGCAUAGCCCACCGACCACAGGCAACAAUUAGACGCCGUCCGAUACAACCCAAGGACCCACUGCCACCCGCUGAAACCUCUGCAGUUAUCUACAAAAUAAAUUGCAAAGAGGGCGACUGUAACUAUGUGGGAGAAACCGGGGGGAAAUUGCAGACUCGCCUACAAGAGCACAAAUCGGCUACACGGAGGUUAGACCCAAACUCUCAAUUAGCAACACACGUUGGAGAAACUGGGCAUUCUUUGGAUCUCCAGCGAGCUACCAUCUUAGGCCGGGACAGCACAAAAAGCAGAACGGCUAACUCUCGAGGCGUGGUUCUCCGAUGCCCACUCCAUCAACAGGCAUCUGGACCUUCCUGCAGCCUACAAAGUCCUACGUCAUCACAAUCGUAGAGCUCAGGACCAAACAACCACACCGAGCUUAAGAAGGCUACACGGAGACGGCCCGACGGCGAGUUUACUCGGUGAAGAGGAAAAAGAACCGCCAGACUGACCACCCGAUAAUGGUUCAGUCACCUCUCGCCCGGCUGAAUGGUGACUCAGAACGUACGCAGACAAAACACCCGUUAACCGUCCCCCGAUAGGCCGCGGCAGCAAGAGGAGAGAAAAAAAAAAUCGAUCAGCACGAGGCCGACUAACGUGACACACCACUUAGGACUCCUGGUGGAUUAAGUACACUUUACGCUUUGACAAUGGAGAGCCGACCAAGCUCUUCGAAACGUCAGCAUCCUAAUAAACCUAUUCCGGUGAGCCAACCUUCUUUUUCUUUUUCUUUUUCUUCUUCUUCUUCAAAUAAUCGACCCGGAUCUCUCGACUUUGCCAAUCUGAACUAAACCUUCUGUAUUCCCCAUAUACUAGUAGUCUGGUCGCAUCUCCCUUGCCCCAUCCUCGGAUGGACUCGGAUGAAUGUAACCGACCGCAUCUGGGUUCCUAUCGCCUCGAGACUGGUUUCCAAUUUCGCCACUUAUUUGCCUUAUUCAAGGCCACAUACAAGCCAGUCCUGACCGACGCGCCUACUUGCCCCUUUAUGAAAUCCGUUAUACAAUGCCAUAUACAGCUGACAUUUAUUUCGGCCCUGUUGAUGUCCGACUAUAAUCCACUCUAUACCUCACAUGCAGGCCAGUCCUGCCCGCAUUUUUCUGAUUCUAUUUUUUCGAAGGGGUGUAACAGCCCAUACUUCAAAAAGAUCGAUCAAAAACUGAAUGGGAUUUUUUUCUGGAAAAGUAUCAUCAACUUCGAGGUCUAGUGCGUGAACAACUACGGCAUGGCCAGCACCCCCUAUUGAUCUUGGCGAUGACAGAAAAUAAUCCGACAGUCUCUAAGGCAAAUUAGACCGAGUAUGUCUGGCCCUUGAGGGCCAAAAACUACAACCUUAAUCCACAUGGCAACACCCAUGGCUUCAAGUAUGAUCUCAACAUUCCGAGCUCCGAAGGUGCAAAUUAAGAGACUUAAGGGAAAAAGAAGGAAAAUGCGAGUAAAUGAGACUUUAAUAUUAAAGCGAUUACGAUAUGCAUUACCGGUAUGGUACGAGUAUCAAAUUGCUCACUAACGCUUAGUUGACAAAAGGCACAACGAAAAUGUAAGGAGUACCUAUUUUUCGCAACAAUCCAAAAUCCAGCACUUGCACUUUGUCGUGGAAGGACAUGAAAGAUCCAACUUCCGCAAAAAUAGGUCAACAGUUCCUUCGCCACAGCUAUAAAGUACGUCGUUUCGAAUGAAAGAGUAAGUCAGAAGAGGAAGAAAUUUCGGAGGCAGCUGCAAAAGAUACGCCCAUAUCACAAUUAAAAGAAUAAUGUCCGUUCGGCGGGGGAACAUUUACGUCUGUGACGGAGGUCCCUUAUUUAUCAAGGUUGUGGCAUUUAGAACUAAGUGUUUAAGUAAGGGCAAAGAGUUUGUUUAUUUCUAAGGAGAGGUUACUUAGUCAUCCAGUGAUUUUAUGUUUCUGAAAAUACUGAGAUCAAAUGCUGCCGCAGUCCGAUAUGAAUAAAAGAAUGGGGGUUUAGAGGAAAAACCGAUGUAAGGGGGAAACGGAUACUACUGUAAACUAGAUAAGUCUAAAUAGGAAACCCACAGAUGGUUUGCUGCAACGCAUUACAAUUGAAGUAACAGUGAGGACCGGGGCAAGUUUAAUCAUCUGGGAGGGAAGUUCGUACUGUGAUUAUGUUGGGAAUGUGACUUUGAAGAGAAUGUGUUAAAGGGGGGAGAUUCACUGAUUCACCUAGAGCGGUAACAUCAUCUUUAGGCGGAAAUGUCGGCGAACUCGGCUUAUGUUCCUCGCUUUAAGGCAUGAGAAGAAGCAAAAACGUGCUUUGCUUUGGAAUAAGUUGUUUAGCAGAUAGCGAAGUUUUAUGAACCACUCUUGUCUGCUUAUUGCUUCUGUGUACCUGACGAACAACUUAGGGAGCUCCACGGUGAGUACGUUCCGAGGUCAAGGUUGAUUUGGAAAAAUUGUGCGACCGCCAUAGGAAUGACAAGAAUCGUUAGGUGGUCAGCCGUUAAGUCCGUCAUUUACUUAAUUGAUAUAUGAUUGCUUUCAGAUUUUACUAGGUUGCAAUUCAAGCGGAAAAAACGAAGUCCGUCUGCUGUCUGCGACAGUUGAGCCUGCCGCCCGAGCGGUCUACCCUCUUAAGAGGACUUUUUUAAAUGGAAAGUAUAAUUUCCGCUAAUGAAUGAGAGAUGUCUUUUCGUAUUCGUUCUUUUUUACCUCGCCUCCUUAUUAACUGUCGGAAUUUAUCCAAAGGCGGAUUUUUAAAACGACACUGUGGUGUCGUCUUGAAAGUCUCAACGUUUGCUUUUACAUCGGCCUCUGUCUUUUAUUUGUACGGAGCGCAUUUACCACAAAAGCCUGGUGACCCUAACUACAUUGUUCGAUCACAAACGGAUGCAUCACCUGCAGAGGUAUUUAGCACAGUUGAUAAUUAUUAAAUUGGCGACAGAAUCCAAUUGUUUCCCUGUUUGAGAAGUUUGCUUCAGUGGAAUUUGACGGUGAAGCCUUUAUGACUCCUCGGGAUUUCAUCGAUUGUGUCACUGGGGCUCGCCCUCCUGGUACUUGUGAGACUUCGUUUAUGUGCAGUCGCAAUGCGCCGGCAUGUUAUAGAUGAAACGAUGGCCAACAAAAUUUUAGCAAAUACACCAGCAAUAAGCUCCUGCCGAGUAUCCCUUUUUAAGCGCCUCGACAGGAAUGGCCUUAUAUCUUGCUCGGAGUUUCUGUUCUUACUCUCCGUCCUGACAGGUAGCCCCCUACAUUCAUUCUACACUGUAGGCUCGCUUCACAAACUUCAGGUUCUUUUCCUGAUGUUUGAUCGAGACGGUAGUGGAAGAAUCGAAAAGACGGAAUUUUUGCAGGUAUCCCUUUGUUUUCGCCAGUCAUUCCAUGUAGAUGACGAACCUAUGCCAACUAAAGUUUCACAAAGAAGCUAGUAUAUGCGAGGUACCUCAGAAACGUUUUAUCUACUUCAGAAUGAUGUUAAAAAGACAACCACCUUACUUCGCUACUUCUUCAACAAGGACGGUAGUGGAAGAUUGGCCUACAAAGAUUUCACCAAGUAAUAUUUGUUUUUCCUUUAUUCCGGAUUUUAACUUCAUUUGGCCGCUACUUUUAGGCAAACCUUGUUGAUUUAUGGCUGUUGUAUUCGCAACUAAUGCCGAUAGCUCAACUCCAUUGCAUUUUGCAAGCGGCAUACGCGUCCACACUAGAUCGAGGUAGGCGACUACUUAGCAGACUAGUACAACUGGUUGACAUGGAGCGCAGAACAACCACGACUGUAUAGUUGUCAAGUUAAGUGUUCACUCACAUCAGCAUCUGUUGAGGUGUGCAUUAUUUCUCAGGUCCUAACUAAUUUAAGUGUUCUGGAUAGUGUUAAAGCACACCUGGGCCUGGCUUUGGUGUGAGGCUACUUCAGUAAGCGCCACGGCCGUGCGUACAGAAUUGAUUCACCUCACCUAGCUCCGGAAAUUAACUGCAAAAAGACUCAGUGGUAUCACGAUGAUUGUUUGGGUUUCUAGAAAUUUUUGUUCAAAUUGCAAGUUAGACAUAGUACGCACAUUCUCCAUCUAUUUUUUCUCUCUGAAAACUACAGAUUUAUGGCAAAUCUCCAAAAAGAAAUUCUAAGUGCGGAGUUUAAUCGAUUGAGCAUGGGAACUGACGCUAUUUCUCGGCUGGAAAUGGCCGAGGCUAUUUUGCGAUAUGCCAAAACUUCUCCGGCUGUCAAGGAAAUGGGCUAUAAGAAGGUAGCUGAAAGCAUUGCCUUCGAGUCGGAUAGCAUAACUUUUGAAUCAUAUUGCGACUUUUUUACGUUGCUAUAUGAUUACGAAGACUUCAGCGCCGCUCUGAAAAUGUUCCUCCAAGCCAGACGCACAAUAUCUAAAGGUAAAUUUCUACUAAUUGUUCUCGUAAGUCUUUUUUCACAAGAAAUUCCGAACUGUGUCCAUUGUAUGAUUUCGAUUUUCAAAAUAAAUCAUCUUACUGAUGGUAAGCAUUUCAGAAUUCCAAUGUAUAGACAUUUCUAAAUACUAGUGGACUGACUUCGAAUUCAGUUUUCUUGUCAGUUUUUUUAGAAUUUAUAGGCUAAACAUCUUGCCAGCAUCUGAGUUCAAAAGAUCGUUUUGUCUCGGUCUGCCGGCCAAACUGCGUCUCGUCAAGAACUGUCUGCUUAAACGGUGCGCCUUUUGCCAUUCGUCAGCCUCUUACAUGCAGUGCCGUAUCAGUGCCAUUCCUAACAGAAAUAGUGAGCAUCAAUUGACCGUUAUAAUGCUGGAGGAAAUCUACGCAGACGUCUCCGCAUUCUUGCCCGAUUUUUCGGCUGUCAUCCUGUCUGAUCUAACCGGUCUAGAUGCUCCUGCUGGUUUUACCUUCAAGCAUGGUCAUCUGCGUUAAUGGGCCUGCAGAGCCUGACUCCUUUUUGUGUGCGGUGACGGACGUCAACUGCUAAAGGCCCGAGAAGCACAAUCAUAUCGCAACGGAUUAUUUUCAACUGGACUUUUGGUUGACUCCCUCUUCGAUGGUCUUCCUCGAUGCCUUCAAUGCCUCGUCUUACUACCCUUCUUGAUGACGGGCACAAGGAUGCCCCAGUCCCAGUCAUCAGGAACGACCUCAUCUCGCCGUGUUUGCUCAAUCACCGCAUGUAGCCAGGACGCCAGAAUGUCGACACAAGACUUGCUGACCUGUAAAUACCGUCCUCUACAGGUGCCUUAUUGUUGCGCAGCCUUUGUAUUGCAUCGACGACUUCUUCAGAAGUGGGAUCUCAUGACACUGCAUAAGGUUAAAGAGGGAGAAAACUCCGCUGCAGAGGAGAGCGAGGGUGUGAUCGGUUGCUCGCCAAAGUUGAGAAGGUGCUCGAAGUGCCCAUACUGAGGAGCGAUUUUGGUCGAUUUUUCGGCAAAAGCCGCCGUUUGCACCGCGAACAGUUUCCCGGUGUCGAGGGCUUACCACUGACUUGGCAAAUAACUUAGUACAGUUUUUGAGGGUCGCCAGCGUUAGAGGUCUUUGCCCUGGAGGUGUCUGUUUCAGCCCAAUAUUUCCUCCGGUUAUUUCUAGCCGAUUUUGCCGUUAUUCUAGCGGAAUUACCGAACGACUCACCACUACGGGACCUGGCUCGAGCAGUUUGAGCAGACAACUGCAAGGUGCCUCUCCCGAUUCAGUCGCUGGGACGUCGCUGUGCAUAUUCAAAAAUUUCCUCGGCUGCACUGUAGACUAAUGAUUACCACCAGUUACGGCCUUCUCCCUCGGCUCAGGUUGUAAAACAAGACCUGAUUCCCUUGUUCAGGGCAUCGGUGGUGCUGGGCUGUCUUAGUAUGGCGACAUCAAGUCGUCUUGCACGCGGCAUUUGGGUGCAGGUGGAAGGUGGACUUUCAAGCGUGCGCGAACGAGAACAUGGUCUGACCCAUGGACGUUGCCAGUUUCAGUACCACUCACUGCUCUGCCAUUGUGAACCCAGCUGCGGAACUUUAAACCGGCCGUAUGACUGCUGUUUGAGUACCAUGCCAGCAGAUGUUUGGUGGCGGUGCUGGAAGCACGUCUUGGUGACAAAUAGUCGGUUCUGAUCAUCAAGUUUCACCAAUCGCUCACCAUUGUCUCAUCGCAAACCAAACCCAAAGUGGCCGAUAGGGUAACUAUUGGAAGAGUCGCCGGGUCCACUUCGGCCAUUCCAAUCCUCGGUCACAGAUCGUGGCGGUCGAAUUUUUCAAACAACGCUUGCAGCUGGGAGUAAAAUGUCUUUAUCGUGCUGUUCGUCAACCGGUGUUAAUCCGUACACGGAGACUUCAGUGAUGUUUGUAAAAUGACCAUUUAUUCGCAAAUAGUCCAUUCGGUCAUUGACCGGUUCCCAAGCCAGUAGUGCGCGGUUCGUUGAUUGCGAGAUUGCGAUUGCCACACCGUGUCUGCCAGAAGAGUCGCGUGGGCCGUUGUGGUACGGAAUGAAGUGUGAGUUGACUCCCGGAAUUUUUAUUUUCCGGGCGUUAUUGUCGGGAAUCCGAACUUCGAACAGACAAUAAACAUCCGUAUUUUAUUGAAGACUGUGCACCAUCAGACUUUGGGUACCAGGGUCCAGAAACGUUGGGUAUGCAGCUUUUCAUUUUUAAAAACAUAAAAUCACAACCGCAGGCCGUGUUCGUUUUAACUAAUUUGGCUGCUCUUCUCGACUGUCAAGUAGCAUGUUUAAUUCUCCCACAUGUGUUGCCUUUUAGAUGAAUUUCAGCGUGCUGCCCGGGCUGUUACUGGGAAAUUCCUCGACAAGGCCAUCGUGGACACUGUAUUUCUCCUCUUCGAUGCCGACGGGGAUGGUCACUUGAGUCCCGAGGAGUUCAUAUCCUUCAUUCGUUCUUAUAUCGCCAGAGGCACUCGCGACGAGGCAAGUCAAUCUCCGUAUUCACCAAAACUCGAUAGCUUAACCCUAGGUGUUACAUCUGUAGCCCACGAAAGUUGGACACAGAUGAUUAAUUUGAAAGUUACCCCACUGUGAGCAGCUGACUUAUAGCAGUAGGUAAUCCCGGAAAUGUUCUCGUACGUGCAGCCAAACUUCGAAAUGACCUUCGUCACCUUAUGACUCACGUAUCUGCUGUCAGUUUGUCCCCAGCCGAUCAACGCCUUGGGCCUAGGUUGCAUCCCGACGAGAGUAUCUUCAAUUCCCCUCCCUAACAUGAGCUUAAUGCUUUCUGUUGGCUUUUACAGCUGACCUCGGAAUCAACAGCUCAGAGCUUCACCUCCUGUGUGGCCACUCGUGUCCGCGCGAACUAG